AUGCGGAUCUGAUAGAUGCUGGUAUUAUAGCCGAAAUGGUCGCUGGACUGUGUACCAAAAGUCAGAAGGAAACUUUCAUCAAGGUGAUAACGAAGUAUAUCAGGUAAUUGUGAAUCAUCCCGGAGACGUGCCCACCUCGUUCUUAUCAGAGAAUUGAAAGAAAAGUGAUUUCGACCCGUGACGUUUUCCUCUUUAUCAGUUUCGAAGUGGUAGUGGCCCAUGUGAAUAUCAACUAUAUAGUACAGAAUGCCAGACAAUGGCCAGUGCCAUUAUAAUGGCAUAAUGCCAUAAAUCCAGCCAUAUCUACUCGUGUGGUUUUUUGUGUACCUGCCAGGGUUUGCAUAGAGAAAAAGGAGUUAAUUAAUUUAUUUUAUUGGCAAUAACAUGAUUUAGAAAUUAGCACAUUGCGGUGGUGCUCUCCGUGGUGCUCCCUGCUCACAACUCACCGCUCUCCGAUCUCUCCAAGUCAUAUAGCUAGCCGGCUAUCUAAGUGCUCCGUUCGCUGGGAUGGGAGCAGCAGCAAAAGUCACACUUUCCGUUAAUGUAUAAAAUGCCGGCGCGCUUACUGUUGUUCCCAUUAAACUUGCAACAGCUCAACGCUCAAGUCAAGGCGAUCCCAGUUUCAAUAAAUAUUAAAAAACAUUCAAACUCAUUUUUCUAAGCAAAAAUAUUGCUCAUACGUAGAAAUAUCACGUAUACGCCGAGAUGGUGCAGACAAAUGAUUUGGACGCCUUGAAGCGGCAGAGCGAAGAUGGGGAGACCAAGGAGCGGGAGGAGAACUAUAGAAGGGACAAAGAGCAGGAGACCACGGAGACGGCGGCCAUUAUUGAAGAAAUUAUCGAGGGCAUCCCAUUGCAGAAUCGUCGCGGCACUAUAGUGCGCACUAUUUCCUCGAUUAUCAGCCAUCGGGAGCAGGAACAGCGAAAUGCCGAGGAUGUGCUAUUCGACAUGUUCGCCAGCGAGGAGACGGGCCUCAUCUCGAUGGGUAAAUUCCUGGCCGGACUAAAGACCACGGGCAUUCGCAGGAAUGAUCCGAGAGUGCGUGAGUUGAUGGAUAACUUGAAGAAAGUUCAUAAAUUGAAUAACUACGAGACGGGUUCUUCGGCUGAGACCCAGCAUCUCAAUAGGGAGACCUUCAAGGCUGUGGUGGCUCCCAAUAUUGUCCUGAUUGCCAAGGCCUUUAGACAGCAGUUUGUGAUCCCCGACUUUACGAGUUUCGUCAAGGACAUCGAGGACAUCUACAACCGCUGCAAGACCAAUACUUUGGGCAAAUUGGCUGACUAUAUUCCACAGCUGGCUCGCUAUAAUCCCGAUUCCUGGGGUCUGAGCAUCUGCACCGUUGAUGGACAACGCUUCUCCAUCGGCGAUGUGGAGGUGCCUUUCACCCUCCAGAGUUGCAGCAAGCCGCUGACUUAUGCCAUUGCCUUGGAAAAGUUGGGACCCAAGGUGGUGCACUCGUAUGUGGGCCAAGAGCCAAGUGGCAGGAACUUUAAUGAACUUGUCCUAGAUCAGAACAAGAAACCACACAAUCCCAUGAUCAAUGCUGGUGCCAUUCUCACCUGCUCCCUGAUGAACGCUCUGGUCAAGCCGGACAUGACAUCUGCGGAGAUCUUUGACUACACCAUGUCCUGGUUUAAAAGGCUAUCCGGUGGAGAGUACAUUGGCUUUAACAAUGCCGUAUUCCUGUCCGAACGAGAGGCUGCCGAUAGAAACUACGCUUUGGGUUUCUAUAUGAGGGAGAACAAGUGCUUCCCCAAGCGCACCAAUCUGAAGGAGGUGAUGGACUUCUAUUUCCAAUGCUGCUCCAUGGAGACCAACUGCGAGGCAAUGUCCGUGAUAGCUGCCAGUUUGGCCAAUGGUGGUAUUUGUCCCACCACUGAGGAGAAGGUGUUCCGACCGGAGGUGAUCCGAGAUGUACUCUCGAUCAUGCACUCCUGCGGAACGUACGACUACUCCGGUCAGUUUGCCUUCAAAGUGGGUCUGCCAGCCAAAUCUGGAGUGAGCGGCGGCAUGAUGCUGGUCAUCCCCAAUGUGAUGGGCAUCUUUGCCUGGUCCCCGCCUCUGGAUCACCUGGGCAAUACGGUGCGAGGACUGCAGUUCUGCGAGGAGCUGGUCUCCAUGUUUAAUUUCCAUCGCUACGAUAACCUGAAGCAUCUGUCCAACAAGAAGGAUCCGCGGAAGCAUCGCUACGAGACCAAGGGUCUGUCCAUUGUGAAUCUACUCUUUUCAGCUGCCAGCGGAGAUGUUACGGCCCUGCGUCGUCACCGUCUCUCUGGCAUGGACAUCACUUUGGCUGACUACGAUGGUCGUACUGCCCUCCAUUUGGCUGCCUCCGAAGGACACUUGGAGUGCGUCAAGUUCCUGCUGGAACAGUGUCAUGUUCCCCACAACCCCAAGGAUCGUUGGGGCAACCUGCCCGUGGAUGAGGCCGAGAACUUUGGACACAGCCAUGUGGUGGAGUUCCUUCGUACCUGGGCGGAGAAGGCUGAUCAGACUAGCGAGGAGUGUCAGCCGGAGGCGGUGACCAGCAAGACACAAGCAGAUGAGGAAAUCGUCAGCACGAGCGACCUGGAGACCAGUCCGGCCACCAGUCCCAUUCCCACGCCUGUAGAAUCUGGUUCUAGGGCGGGAUCUGGACGAUCCAGUCCAGUGCCAUCGGAUGCGGGCAGCACGGCGAGCGCUGGCAGUGCCAGCAGCGUCGAUGACAAAACCAAGCCAGGAUUAUAAGCGCCCAGAGAUCCAGGAUCCCCGCAGAAUCUCUCUGACUAAAUUAUUCGCACAAGCUUUUAGUUUAAAUAUCACGUAUUAGAUUAAAGUUAAGACCCAAAAAAACAUACCACCCAUUCACGCUGGUCGGCUGGUUAGUCCUAUAUAAUUUGUAGUAGUCAUCCCAUGUGCAAGUCGUGGUCCUUCGAGCAGGAUCCACUGCACGAGCGGCAUUUGUACUUGUACUUAGAAGCGCUUAGUUAGCCACUAAAAUUCCAGGGUAUCCUACGACGAAACAAUGACAAUAAUCUUAACGAAUAUCCAUCUACUAACCGAAAGAAACUUUUGGGUCUGUGACCCGCCUAAAUGUAUCGCAUUCGUACUUGUCAAUUGAUAUUUGUAUGCGUUUGUAUGUGUAUUAACUAUCCUGUUCCAUAAAGAUCGAGCUAUCUACUCGAUUCCAGUUGAAUAUAUAAAUAUAUAUACGUAGUUAGCUGAAAAACACACAAAA